ACGAUCAGCUGUAAAAUUAGAUCAUGAUCUCAUACUCGGCUGAUCAACAACGCUAAUAUUUAUUUUGAGUAAUAAAUCGAAACUCAUUCUAAAAAAUAUUCGUGAAUUUGUAGCUGAAAAUGGCGCAUUGGUUUCACAGAAAUCCCAUCAAAGCAACGAAUGCAGUAACAUUUGACUUUGGUGGUCAAGCUAGCACUCCUCUUGCAAGAAACAUCUGCAGUGAAGCUCGGAGUGCUCGUUCAAACCUUCUCACCAUUUUUGCUGACCCAACCCGUGACCUCACAGUCUUGACCGAUGCUGCUGAGAAGUACCUGUCAAUCCUCAGAGGAUUUGUGGAGCCAACAGUCGACCCCAAUUCCCAGCGUCCUCCAGCUCAAGCCCCUAAUAAUGAAGAUGGAGAGGUCGAGAGUAUGGAGGUGAGUAGCAGUGGAACAGGGGACAGCAAGCUGAGGAAUGCCAUCAAAUUUACAUGGUCUAACACACUGACUGAAAAACAUUCGAGUCAGCAUGACUUUGUCUUUGAACAGAUCAACAUUCUUUUUAAUAUUGCUCUCUGGCACACCAAACACGCCGCAGCACUGGCAGGAGCUAAGGAAGAUAUUGCCGAAGAUGAUGCAAAAGAAGUGCACAAAUGUCUGAGAUCUGCUGCUGGUAUAUUCAACUACAUUGAUGUAAGCUAAAGCUAGAAACAAUGCAAAUCAAGAAUGUAUGAAUAUUGAAUUAAAAUACAAUUUUCAUCAUUUGAAGGCCUAUUUAAUAUUUCUGUAACAUUAUAUGUACUUUUGUGUUAGAACAAAAUUCUUUUUAUUAAUGGCUUAUGACCUGUCAAAUCUUUCAACGCUUUUACAAAACUAGUAGGAUAUUCCAGUUCAUGACUUGCAAAAUUUCUCAUAGAGGUCAUAUGAUAUUCAGUAGAAUUCUUCAGGUAGGAUAAAGCAAGUGUACAUAGCAAAUGAAUAUGAAUUUGGUGUGUUAGGGUGGAAUAUUGAAAGUUUUCAAUCUAAGACAAGGAAGGAAAGAGAAAGGUUUUAGAACAAGGGAGACUCUCCCUAUAUGCCGAGAUGGUAAUAUUUAAUCAAUGACUCUGUUUAAUAUAUUGAUAGAUAGACUUAAAAAUAGGAAGAGCCGCCUGGCAUAGUUAUGAAUACAAGAAUGCAAUACCUGUACUUUCUACAGCGCCACCAGAAUUUGACUGGAGGCACUCAAGAAAACACUGGUAUAACAAAAGGCAUCAUUAGUUAUCAACAUAAUGAUGAAUGACUUUGAGAGUUUAAAGGGAUUGUUUCACUUUGUGAGCAAUUGAAAAAAUUAUCAUAUUGCUUUUUGAAAAUGGUAUGAACAUUUGACUAACAGCUCAAAAAUACCCAUGUGAAAGUUUGGGAUCAUAACAUGUUCGGGAAGUGUUUUUAAAAACUGAAAAUCUGAGGCAAUGUUUGAAGAGAAAAAUGCACUUCUCGACGGUUGAUUCAUGAUUCUGUUUCCAAUUUAAAUCGAUAUUAUAUAGCGCCACCUUGUGAUGUAUGCAAGAAAGUAGGCGGAGCUUACCACGGGGAAUUUCGCUUCUUGCGUGAUCUGUGGGCGAAGUUAGUUUGUUUUGGGUUUUUUCUGUGUCUCCGCUCGGUGUGUGCGAUAAGCGAUCGAUGCAUGUGCGUUGCUUAUUGCCUGUGUGAAAGGGUGUAGCUAGUGUGUGUCGCUUGUGCAUAACAUUGGGGGAAUAUCAUAAGUCCAUGAUCAUACUGUCAAACUGUGUCGAACUCGUGAAUGUCCAUUCCGUCUGUGUUCUGUACAUUUGAAUAUGCUACAUACAUGUAUGCCUCAUAAUGAACUUUGUAGACUUACAGACCAUGGGAUUUUGAUGAAUUCAUAUUUUGGCGACGUAAAUUAGUAGCAAAUAAAACGACAACAACAGAAAAGAACGCGACAAACCGGGGCUACAAAUACAAUCUCGGAUCUACAGUGUAGAGUAAUAGUAGUUUUUUUUGUGGAUCAUGGGGGCCGGGGAUGGAGCGUGAUUUUCCAGAAGCUAUAUUGUGCCCCCCCCCCAAAAAAAAGAAAAAAUUCCCUCUGUUCUUUUCUUUAGUUUACCUUUGCAUGCACUACAAGAUAUAUCCUUGUGGUUGUUGAUAAUUCUCUUUUACCUGGUCACGAUAUAGCAAACGUCCGUCGACUGAUUCGAGAAGAGAAUGCAAUAUAGCUCCAUGUAAUGCAAUAUCAUGGAGCUGUAAUAUGUAUCCGAACUCCACUCUGGUCAUGUUACGUCCACGUAGUCACAGGCCUUCGUGUGUCAUGUGCAUGUUUACAUACACGGGGCAUAGCUGGGUAGGAACUCGGAAUAAAGGCAGUGACCUCUCCUUCUCCCCCCCCCCCCCCUGGCAUGGACUCGAAACAUCCACCAUCGUGGGUUUUUUUUUGUGUGUGUGUGUGUGUUUUUACGUUCUCCACGAGCUCCCCCAACAAAGAUAUUCCCAUCCCGGAUUUCCCAUCCCAUCAAAAUCUUCGGUAGGCCUAUCUUCACGUAAGAUGCUUAUGAGAAACUCCCGGGGAGAAACUAUAUGAUCAACGUAUUGCCCCCCCCCCCCCCUCCGAUCGAUCGGGGCCUAUCCGUUUUGGACUUUAUUUUGGAACGUGGUAGAUAGGGUAGUUGCAAACCCAAAACAUCUCAACUCCUAGACCCCGGACUAUAAUGAAUAUUAGACCUACAAAUUAUUAUCCAUAAACUUUGUUGGUUUUUUUUUUUUUUUUUUUGAUUGGUUUUUUUGUAAGGGGUAGGAAUCGUAUUUAAUUUUAUCCAUGAUUGGGGUCAAUAAUUCUUUCAGUUUCUCCGCCAUAUAAUCCGCUCAUGACAUCUUUCAAAUCAUAUCACUUUUCUUUUACAUUUUCUAUUUCUUUCGGCCGCUCUUUUCUUUUCUUCUGCUUCCCCUCUCUCGAUCCUCCUUCCGUAAAUUCUUUACAGUAAAAAAGAAGUCUGAUUUUUUUUACACAUCCCUGAUUACUAUAUGAACCUUACGUGAAAAUAGUGUUUUGUGUUCUUUUCUAGCUCGUUUACCUGAAAACCUGUAAAUUGGUUAUUGAUUUUCUUCAUACAAUUUAUAUGAAACCUCAGCGUAUAUGAAGCAUCCUUUACCUUCGAUCUGGUAUUGUUUAUAUUGGUUGGUUAUAUUCACGAUUAAAAAAAUGCAUAAAUAUAAACAAAAUAACAUUACAUAAUCAAAUAAUUAAAAAAAAAAACAAUAUAACAAAUUAACAAUAUAACAGUAAUGAAGCUUACAAUGCAUGUAAUACAGAAUCGUAGGGAUAGACCCGUUUCAGAUUGGCUAUUGAUAGCCAACCUGUUCUUCCCCGGGGUCCCUAAAAAUAAAUUAAUUAAAUUAGCAUUACAAUAUGAAAAUUUCUAAUAAAUACGAGUAU